AUCUGCCUUAGAUUUUCUCUCUCUUUAUUUCCAAUAAAAAUAAAAGAAAAAAAGAAAAAAUAUAAAUUAAAUUAAAAAAAAAAAAUCAAAGACAGAGCUGAAUGCGCUCUACUCAUAAGCAAAGAUCCAUACUUUAUCGAUCGUAUCGUCUUCCUUACAGGAAAUGGAGAACAAACCGAGUGUCUUAACCGACAGAUACGAGGUAGGUAGGCUACUAGGUCAAGGCACGUUCGCCAAAGUCUACUACGGCCGAAGCGUCCACACCAACGAGAGCGUGGCGAUCAAAAUGAUCGACAAAGAGAAAGUCCUCCGCGUGGGGCUCAGCGACCAGAUCAAGCGCGAGAUCUCCGUCAUGCGUAUCGCCAAGCACCCCAACGUGGUCUCCCUCCACGAGGUCAUGGCCACCAAGUCCCGCAUCUACUUCGUGAUCGAGUACUGCAAAGGCGGCGAGCUUUUCAACAAGGUCAAAAAGGGGAAGCUCAGGGAAGACGUCGCCUGGAAGUACUUCCACCAGCUCAUCAACGCUGUGGACUUUUGCCAUAGCCGCGGUGUUUACCACCGCGACAUCAAGCCGGAGAAUCUCCUGCUUGAUGACAAUGAGAAUCUCAAGGUUUCUGACUUCGGUCUGAGCGCGCUCGCGGAUUGCAAACGCGCCGAUGGGCUUUUGCAUACCACUUGCGGCACCCCUGCUUACGUGGCGCCUGAGGUGAUUAACAGGAAAGGUUACGAUGGGACUAAGGCUGAUAUUUGGUCUUGUGGGGUUGUUUUGUUCGUGCUGUUGGCUGGUUACCUCCCCUUUCACGACUCUAAUCUAAUGGAGAUGUAUAGGAAGAUUGGUAAAGCGGAUUUCAAGUGUCCCAACUGGUUCGCCCCCGAGGCGAAGAGGCUUCUGUGCAAGAUGCUGGAUCCUAACCACGAGAGUAGGAUCACCAUCUCGAGGAUCAGGGAGAGUUCUUGGUUUAGGAAAGGGCUGCAUUUGAAGCAGAAGAAGAUGGAUAAACAACUCCGGGAAACAACUGUUGUUAUUCCCACAGUGGAAGUUGGAGAGAGUUCGGGCUCGAGCGAGAACGGAGAGAGCCAAGAGGCGCCGGCUCAGCUCGCGUACCUGAACGCUUUCGAUAUCAUCAGCUUGUCUGCGGGGUUUGAUCUGGGAGGUCUUUUCGGGGAUGCCAAUGACAAGAGGGAGUCUAGAUUCGCGUCGAGGAAGCCUGCUGCUGAGAUCAUUUCUAAGCUGGAGGAGGUGGCCAGAGGUUUGAACCUGAAGAUAAGGAAGCAGGACGCGGGGCUUUUCAAGCUCGAAGGGUCGAAGGAAGGAAGAAAGGGAGCUUUGUCGAUGGACGCGGAGAUAUUCCAAGUGACUCAGACGUUUCACCUGGUUGAAGUGAAGAAAUGUGAUGGGGACACGGUGGAGUAUCAGAGGCUGGUGGAGGAGGAUCUUAGGCCUGCGCUGGGAGAUGUAGUCUGGGUUUGGCAAGGCGAUAAGGAGAAGGAAGAGCAGCUAAAGCGUGGUUUGCAGGACGAACAGGAAGUAGAACAGCAUAGUGAACCAUUGUAGCAGAGAACAUGAAGAAAAGAAGAGACUCUAUAAACAUAAGGUGUGACAAACAAAAGCAAGAGGGAACAAUUACAUAACUUGAUUCUUUACAAUAGCCUCUGCAAAAAUUUGCAGAUAGUUCGUUUGUUGUAACAAACUACCUUGUGUUUACUUGAGCAUCUUAUAUACUUUUUCUUAAUGUUCUUUCAGCACAACAGCAAGAA